UUAGAGAGUUAGUAAAGAAAACGUGCGAACGCAGCAUUUAACAUGUUUUAAAAUGUAUAUUUCAGUUACGUGUUUAUCUGACAGUUUGCAUUGAAAGAUAUUUAUUGGAAAUUCAAACGAAAAACCGCUUUAAGUUUGGCAGUAAGAUUGGAAUCUUUGAAAGAAAACCAUGAAGAAAAAGGGUCAACGCAGUGGAGAUCCAGCAUCCGGCCUGCAGUCCUCUGACUAUGUUGUGGGUCAGGUGUCUGGUAGUUUAUUUCAGCAGAACUCUGCUGCUUCUGGGUCCCUUUCAGCUUUGUUCAGCACAGCCGCUACAUCAUCAUCUCUCCUGUUCCAGCCGGCUCCGAAGCUGAUUCAGAAGACUGCAGAAAAAGAGGAGCUGCAGAAGGGAACUGCAGAUGGAAUAGAUAAAUUAGGCCAGGAGAAAAAGAAAAAGAAGAGGCCUCCUAAGGAGAGCUCCGUGGCAGAGCAGAGAGUGGAAAGCAGAGAGAGCGGCUUACAGGAGGCAGAUGAUGAUGAACAAGAUGACUUGUCAGUGAAGAAGAAGAAGAAGAUGAAGGUGAUGGAAUUGGAUCGGGAACAGGGCGCAGAGUUCUGGGUGCUGAAGAGGCAGCAGCUGAAAGCCAGGAAACGCGAGGAGGCAACAAAGACGAAGAGGACGGUGUUUGUCGGCAACCUCCCCGUCACGUGCACGAAGAAGACCCUGUUGAGUCUCUUCAAGGAUAAAGGAUCCAUUGAAUCGAUUCGCUUCCGCUCUCUGGUCAGAGAGGAUCCCGGCAUGUCUCGAAAGCUGGCUACUAUCAGACGACAAGUUCAUCCGCAGAGGAAGAGCAUGAACGCCUACGUGGUUUUCAAAGAAGAGGCGGGAGCCGUCAAAGCUCUGGAGAGCAACGGGGUGGAGGUGGAGACGAACUACAACAUCCGAGUGGACAAAGUGACGGACGGCUCCUCUCACGAUCACAAGCGCUCCGUUUUUGUUGGGAAUCUGCCGUUUGACAUAAAUGAGCAGGCGUUCCGAAAGCAUUUUGAGACCUGCGGGGCGGUGGAAGGAGUCCGGCUGGUGCGGGACCAGAACUCGGGACUGGGAAAAGGGUUUGGAUACGUCCUGUUUGAGAGCGCAGACUCAGUGGAGCUCGCCCUGGAGCUGAACGCCUCCAAGCUGGAGGGACGCUCCAUCCGCGUGAAGAGGUCCGUGAAGAAGGAGAAACUGAAAAACAGCAAAGAAACCGCCAAGAAACCCGGAAAGAACAAGAGUUCAUGGCAGGAGAAAACUCCCGGACGCUUCAAAUCUACCAAGAAGUUUCUUGGCAAUCAGCAGAAGUCAGAAAAAAGCUCCACGUCCUUCAAGGGAGAGAUGGUGGAUCCAAGCAAGAAGCCUAAAAAGAAAAAUCUGAAGAAGAAAGGAAAGCCGAAGAAGAGCGUUCAUAUCUGAAGUGUUGGAGAGAUUUCUGCUUUUGACAGAAGCUUCAGUUCUACCGGUUCUUCUUCCGUUCUCUCGGACUCCAUCGAACCGUCUGUUCACUAAGAACAUCGCAGUCACAGCAUCCCAGAGUUCACCUCUAAACAGAACGAGUUUGACUUUUUCCUGAUCAUGUUCCGUGUUGCAUCUGCUGGCUACGUUUCAAACGUGUAAUUCACAGAAAGUUCUUUUGUAAAAAAUAUUAAAAUGUUUUUAAAGA